AUGAAUGGGAUUAUAAAAUCCAUAUGUAAAUUAUUGCCUAUUUACGAAAUCAAUAUUAUACCAGAAAAACUUGUUGAAGUCGAAGUCAAGAAGGAGGAUUUUAUGAAGGGAUUUGCCCAGGCAUCCGUGCAAAUGGAAUCAUCCUUAACGGGACGUAAACGUAAAGCCGAUGAAAUAGACAGCGAACAAGGUGUGGAUAAGGAUGAAGAACCGACGUUUAAGCUAUCAGAACCGGUGACUGUCGUGUAUAAAAGUGAUAAUAUGCAAAUUAUGGUAGAAGAGGUCCUAGGUCAUAUUGUAUGGUUGUUGGAGGCGCAGAGACCGGUGGAAGCGUCACAAGGUGGUGAGCAAUCGAGGGUACUAAAAAAAGCAUAG